AAAAGCAUAUAUUUCAACAUAUCAGAACAAUUCCAAGAAUCAUCACAGCUCUGAAGCAUACUAUAAAUACCACAGCAAAAUCCUAUCAUUUCCCAUCCAACAACUGCUCUCUACUCACUUGAAACAUAGUAUUAUUGUUCCCACAUCUGUGCACUAAUUAAGGUUGUCUGUCUCUAAAGAAACUGAAGAGAAAAAUGUCUGUCAUCGCAUUCACUGAGGAGCACACUUCACCAGUUGCCCCAUCAAGAAUCUUCAAGGCCUCGAUCAUCGACUCCCACAACUUGAUCCCCAAGCUGAUGCCACAGGCAAUCAAAAGCAUUCAGAUUCUCCAAGGCGAUGGAGGCGCGGGAACCAUCAAGCAAAUCAAUUUCCCUGAAGGUAGUAGCUUCAAGUCCAUCAAGUACCAAAUCGAUGAGCUCAACGAAGAGACGUUUACCUACAAGUACACGUUGGUUGAAGGCGACGCUUUGAUAGACAAGCUCGACAAGAUAACUUACGAGGUCCAGUUCGAGAAAACACCCCAAGGUGGCUCCGUCUCUAAGGUGACUAGCAAGUACUACACACAGGGGAGCUUCAAUCUUAAUGAAGAGGGAAUCAUGGCUGGUAAAGAGAAGGUGAUGGGAAUGUACAAAGCUGUGGAAGCCUUUCUCCUUCAAAACCCUGAGGCCUAUGCUUAGAAUCUCUUUCCACUGUCCUUCACAACAUCUAUGUUCUCCCUGUGUGUCUGGUUUUUCAAUAAUGUCUGUCUUUCCCUGAAAAAUCUGAGUGAAUAAAUUAUCAAAAA